AUGCCUCCUCUUCCUGGCUUCUCCGACAAUCCCUUUCGUUCACGAGACGACUUAGCAACUGCAGCUCUGGCCCUAUUACGGCCUCUAACAAGUCACUUCUCACCGUCUUGUGCUCGCGUCCGACUUCCUGUUUCCACGGGUACCCAUUUCGAUGCAGGGGCAGCAGAGUUGGAAGGCUUCGUUAGGCCCCUUUGGGCCGUAGUGUGCCUUUUGAACUUGCAAAGCAACUCGUCCGACCCCAGACUCAAUGAGGUCAUUGAGGAAGUCACAAGCCCAUGGAUAAAAGGCUUCACUGCGGGAACAGACCCCGAUGAUGCUGAAUACUGGGGCGCAAUUGGUGAAACAGAUCACCAGCGCAUGGUGGAGGCUGAGGUUCUUGCGUACGCGCUGCUAACUGCGCCACAGAGACUCUUCCACACCCGCGACGAGAAAACGCGGAGAAACAUCACCUCUUGGCUCCGUGGCAUGAACGGACAGCCAAUGCCAAACAACAAUUGGCGAUGGUUUCGGGUAUUUGUCAACCUGGCAUUGGUCAAAGUCUGCGGUGUACCUGCAGCCGAAGUACUCGAUGAAAUGAAUGCAGACUUGGAGCUUCUCGAUUCUUUCUAUCUCCUCGAUGGCUGGUCUGGUGAUGGUCCAUGGCUCACCACCCAAGAGGAAGAAGAGGAAGCUGCAGAGUUUGAGCGAACGCGCAGGCGGGAUGGAAUUGGUAAAGGAAGACAGGUGGACUAUUAUUCUGGCAGCUUUGCCAUCCAAUUUAGUCAACUAUUGUACGUUCGAUUUGCCUCUGAUUUCGACCAAAUCCGGGCAGAAAAAUACCGACAGCAAGCUCGGGACUUCGGAGCCUCUUUCUGGCGAUAUUUUGACUGCGAUGGCUCUGCUAUUCCUUUUGGUCGGUCACUCACAUACAGAUUCUCAUGUGGUGCCUUCUUUGCGGCUCUUGCAGUCAGUCCUGUUCCCGACAUGCCGGAGCCUCUUUCGACGCCUGGGAAAGUCAAGGGAUUCCUGUUGCGGCAUCUACGCUGGUGGGCCUCCCGCUCGGAUGACAUUUUCCAUUCGGAUGGAACUUUGAAUAUCGGAUGGCUUUAUCCGAACAUGUAUAUGUGCGAGGACUACAACUCACCCCAGUCACCGUAUUGGUGUCUCAAGACUUUCAUUGCGGUUUCACUAGCGCAAGAUAAUGAGUUUUGGUCCGCCGAAGAAGAGCCAUAUCCAUCAUUCUUUAAACCACAGCUUGUCCCUGCUCCUCGGCAAAUACUUAGCAACCAUCCGGCGGGAAAUCAUCAUUUCUGUCUAUCACCAGCACAAUUCGUUGCCUGGCCGAUGAAAGCAACGCAAGCCAAGUACUCCAAAUUUGAGUAUUCAUCCACCUUUGGGUUCUCGGUGCCGACUGGCCCCCUGAUCCAGCAGAUCGCGCCGGAUUGUACACUCGCACUUAGUAGAGACGGGGCGGAAACCUGGGCCGUGAAAUGGAAAUGUUCAGAGCCUACUUUUACGGAAGUCGCUGUGAGAACCCGCAUGGGUAUAUCCCGAGUUCAAGCCACCUCCGUUCGAUGGUACCCUUGGGGAGACAGAGGAGUGGAGGUUCACACAACCCUUAUACCACCAACUGACCGAUGGCCGGACUGGCAUGUUCGUAUACAUCGUGUUCGAGUCAAUUCUGCGUUGCGCAGUUUGCACACCGUCGAGGGCGGCUUUGCUUCCCCAGGGAGGUGCUCUUCGGACGGCACCAAAAUGUGUGACAUUGGCGAAUUAAGUCCGGAUAUUGAGAUCGGGUCCAGUGAGGGUGUAUUACAAACGCCUGAUUCUGUGUUAAUGUUGUCGGUUGUAGGAGCUACUGGUCUAUCUUCUGGGAUGGGUAACGAAUCUGCGAGUUAUUCGACGAAAACACAGGCACUCAAGCCAGAUGCCAACACCAACCUGGUACACCAGAGAACGCUCAUCCCUGUGAUAGCUCGUGAUGUUGAGCGCGAUAUACAGGCGGGCGAGGUGUUUCUGCACGUCACUCGGGUUUUCGCCAUCUCUGGAACAGCGAAUUGCAACCGACGAGUCGGAGGGAGUGUUGAAGAGCGAUGGGUAGAUAGGCCUGUUGUGUUACUUUUGGGUUCCGAUGAAAGGGAUCCCAAGGAAGAUUGUAUCAUUUUGGCUCUAUAG